GGGUCUGUCCCUGUCAUUUCAGUUGGGCCACGUGGUCCUCUCCCCAGUCUGGUUCCUCUAUAACCUGCUCAUGAAGCUGUUCCAGCGCUCCACCCCGGCCAUCACCCUUGAGAGCCCAGACAUCAAGUACCCACUGCGGCUCAUCGACAAGGAGGUGAUCAGCCACGACACCCGGCGGUUCCGCUUUGCCCUGCCGUCACCCCAGCACGUCCUGGGCCUCCCCGUCGGCCAGCACAUCUACCUCUCAGCUCGGAUCGAUGGAAACCUGGUCAUUCGGCCCUACACUCCCGUCUCCAGCGAUGACGACAAGGGCUUUGUGGACCUGGUCAUCAAGGUUUACUUCAAAGACACCCAUCCCAAGUUUCCUGCUGGAGGAAAGAUGUCUCAGUACCUGGAAAGCAUGAAGAUUGGAGACACCAUUGAGUUCCGGGGCCCGAACGGGCUGCUGGUCUACGAGGGCAAAGGAAAGUUUGCCAUCCGUCCAGACAAGAAGUCCAACCCUGUUAUCAAGACGGUGAAGUCUGUCGGCAUGAUCGCAGGAGGGACCGGCAUCACCCCGAUGCUGCAGGUGAUCCGCGCCAUCAUGAAAGACCCACAUGACCCCACCGUGUGCCACCUCCUGUUUGCCAACCAGACUGAGAAGGACAUCCUGCUGCGGCCCGAGCUGGAGGAACUGAGGAACGAACAUUCUGCUCGCUUCAAGCUCUGGUACACCGUGGACAGAGCCCCUGAAGGUAAAUACCCAAAAGUGGAAUUGCUGGAU